ACUCAAUGACCUCUAUUGGUUUACAAACCAGCCCUCAUCAACUAGAUCCACCAGGUGGAUUAGGACUUGGCACUUCAAGUGGAUCUAUUUCUUCAUCGUCAACAAUGUCAUCCAUAAGCAAAUCAUUGACUCACCAUCCUAAUGUGCCAUCACGGCUUUCUGAAAAAGUUUCUAUAGAUAGGUCAAAGGAAGAUAGGCCUCAGCCAGUUCGAAUACCUCAAACAAAAACAUCCGAAUUUCGUCCACAUAGGUCCAGAAGGAGUAGUAGUAUUACUUCAAACAGUAGCAUCGGUAAAGGAAACGAUGUGAACUUAAUGCAAUCUGACAAUCUUAUUAUGGAUACUUAUUCCAAUUUGGCAUCUCAAGUCAAUGCGCAUUACCAUAAUCAAGAAAAACAUAAUUUGUUAUUUAAGGAAUCAAAUUCCAGUAUCGGAGAUUCAAUAACAAAUCCUGAAGGAAGUAAUAAUAUAAUGGAUGGUUUAGGGAAAAGCUCUGCAACAGGUUACAAUAUUAAAAAAACAAGUGAGCUAGUUAAAGAGUUUGAUCACGAAAAUAUAGCAGUAACAGGGCAUCUCACUGGUAGAGCUGAUAUUAUUUCAGGAUCACCUGUCCAUCAAGUGAAGGUAGGCGCUUCAAAUAAUGACGAUGACGAAUUGCUUUUUACGAUGACUUUGAGCGAGCCUAAUAUCCAAAAGAAUGUUAGUAGUGUGAACGACUUUCAUGAUCAGAACCUAAAUUGUUAUCAUAGCGUUCCUUUAGAUCGUCAGAGUAAAGUUACUGUUGAAGCUUCUGUUGAGGUUGAUGGAGUUGAUAACAGCAAUCAGAUUAAUAUGGUUCCCCCUUCCUAA